AAACCUUGGAAAUCUUUUCUAACCCUUGAAUUGCCAUGACGGGAAGGUGCAUCUGUCCGUUUGAGGUGUAUUUACUAGUACUUGAGAUUGCACUCCUUCACUUUUAUCAUCAUUCCAUCUCAACUGUAAAGUUUUUUUGACACUUUAGAUGUGUAUCUGAUUCGUUUCUAAACAUCAAUCAAAACAUCAAUCAAGUCAUCAUACAGUACACUCAUUACGAUUCACUUGUACGCCACAUUGUCUUCUCCAGUCUUUCCUAUACAUCGGCAACUUUUCGAUUCUUUCACUACUGCUACAAAUCACCACGAUGAUACAUAUCCGCGCGUUUCCAUUCACUAUCCUCUGUAUCGGCGUCCUCCUCUUUAUGGUCUUUCUUAAUACUUCCACGCCUUCCUACUUAACGCACUAUUCGUCCACCCUUCUCCAGAAAUAUAGGCCCACUCAUGGAUCUUCCACUAUUGGGAAUAGCACCCUUGGAUUUCAGAAAAUCUACGCAUUGGGAUUACCAGAACGAAGUGAUAAGAGAGAUGCUCUUACGUUGAUUAGUAGUUUGACAGGAUUCAAGAUUGAAUGGGUAGAUGGAGUGAAGGGAGAGACGGUGACAGAUAAAGCUGUGCCGUAUGGUGCUGAUAGAGCAAAAUUGUGGGAGUCAAAUUUGGGGAGUUGGAGGGGACAUAUGAAUGCUGUUCGAAAGUUUGUCUCUCUCUUCCACUGUCAACCAUAUUCUUUGCCCGGCAAAAACUAACAUCAUUCUGUUGUCAUAGAAUUGUCGAACAAAACCUUACCAGCGCAUUAAUACUCGAAGAUGAUAUGGAUUGGGAUAUUCGUCUAAAAUCUCAACUCCUUACUUUCGCAGCUGGUUCUAAAUUUAUCCAAUACCCUUCUACCGCGCCUUCACAUCUUAUUUCUCCCUACGGAGAUAAUUGGGAUUUACUCUGGCUCGGCCACUGCGGCGAAGUAUUCCCCGAGACUCUCGAUGAAUAUAAAUCCCUCCCUCCUCCUUCUCCUCAAAUCGCACAUCUCUCCCGAAAAUACAUCAUAACCUCCGACCCCACAGUCCCACCCCCAGCACAUUUCAAAGGUUUUCAAAACGCUACACAAAAUCCAUACACAAGAUGGGUCCACACAUCCGGAGGACCAAUUUGCACAUUCGCAUAUGCAUUAAGUCAACAAGGAGCAAGGAAAGUUCUCUGGGAUUUAAGUGUAGAUAAACUAGCAGGACCAUUCGAUAAUGCAUUAGCAGGACUAUGUCGAUGGGGACGAGAUAAAAAAAGAUUGGGAAUGAGAUGUAUAAGUGUCACACCUGGAUUAUUUCAACAUCAUAAAGCGAGAGGAUGGAUAGGUGGGGAUUCGGAUAUUCAAAAGGUGGGCGGUGUUAAUGGAGAGGUGAGGGAAAAGGGGACGACGGAGAAUGUGGUUUGGAGUGCGAGGAUGAAUGUUAGGGAGUUGUUGAUGGGGGAGAAGGUUAGAGGACAGUGGGAUGAAUAGGGUGGAAAUAGAUGAGUGGGGUAAAGGUUGAGGUUAUAGAGUUGUUCAUAGAGAGAUAUAUGGAGUGGUAGGAGUGUGUAUUUGCGUAAUAGAAGUGGAAUAACUAGAUAAUUAUGCAGGAAUUAUC